AUGUGCCCAUUACUUCAAGAGGAUGACCAGCAUGUGGAUGCUGUCAAUGGGUUCCUAAGUCCUCCACAAAGAGAGUAUGAUCCUUUCUCAAAUACAUAUAAUCCAGGAUGGCGAAACCACCCAAAUUUUUGCUAUAAACAACAAAAUUUUCAAAGCUAUCAGCCUAAACAAUUUCAACAGCAAACAUCUUCAUCUAAUUCAGCAAUGUCAAUGAACAAAUUGAAAAAUCAAGGUAAACUACCCUCUCAGACAAUAGUGAACCCUAAGCAGAAUGUAAGUGCCGCUAUACUCAGAAGUGGAAAAGAACUGCAGGACAAUCCUCGUCAGGUAAGUCGCAGGCAUGACAAUCCUCGUCAGGUAAGUCGUGGGCACAAUCAUAGUACAGAUCUGGAAACUGAGAUGACCAUACCUGAACAAGACAAAUCAGCUUCAGCAUCUGAGCAAUCUGAACCUCUGAUCAUUAAACCUCCUUUUCCUCAGAGAUUAGCCAGGUUCAAACAAGAGAAAGAAGAAAAGGAGAUCCUUGAGACACUUCGUAAGGUAAAAGUCAAUAUACCUUUACUUGAUGCAAUUAAACAGGUACCUCGCUAUGCGAAGCUCUUAAAGGAAUUAUGCACAAAUAAAAGAAAGCUGGUAGGCUACCAAAAGAUUUAUAUGGAUGAAAAGUGUGAUUUAGGUGUAUCAAUAAAUAUUAUGAUGCCUUUAUUAGUUUUUCAAUCUUUGAAUGUUGGUCCAUUAAAAGAAACGGGUGUGGUGAUUCAAUUGGUUGACCGCGCUAUUGUUUAUCCUGAUGGGGUGUUAGAGGAUGUUUUAGUACAAGUAGAUAAUUUAAUAUUUCCUGCUGAUUUUUAUGUGAUCCCUAUGGAGGACAAUAAAUUCUCAAAUUUUUCUGAUAUUUUGCUAGAGAUACUCUUUUUAUCUACUGCUAGAACGAAUAUAAAUAUUUAUGAUAGCACUCUCACCAUGGAGUUUGAUGGGGAAGUCAUUGAAUUUAAUGUUUAUGAUGAUGUGAAACACCCCAAUAAUAUUUCUAGUGUAUAUAGAGUGGAUACCAGUAAACUUCUAGUUCAACAAGUGCUUAAAUUGGAAUAUGGAGAUGAGUUGAAUACUAAAUUUUGUGAGAAUUUUGGAAAAUCCAGCUCAAUAAAUAUAAAGAAAAAUUUUGAUUGUUUAAAACAAGGAAUAAAAGUGGAGCAUGAAUCAUUGCCCGGUCAACCACUUCCAUUCAUAAAUGAGAAUUGCACUUCAUACAAUUUGAAAUUACCAUUCCAACAAAUAUUUCUUAAGCCAUUUUAUAAAGGAGAUCACUUUCAGUAA